AUGAGCGCUCUCAACCCAUUGCCAAUGCUUCAGUUGGAUCCCGAACACACAUCAUGUAUCGGAGGACGGACUGUCAUGACCUGUCGAAUAGACUCGAUUUGCGGGACCUGCGCUGGCCGCGGCUUCAACAUCUACAUCUGUUCUCACUGCCACCCUGCUGCUGCGGCGGCGGCCGUGGCUGCGCGAACGGCAGCCUCCUCGGUUCUCUCCACGCCUGCAUCGUCUAUGCCUUCAUCGCCGGCCUCUCUGAGCCGGAGCUCGUCGACGUCGAUCUCUCCGUACCACAAUUCAAGGCCGGCCGGGCCGUUUCGACGAAUUGAGAAUGGCGACGGGCCUGGCGGCGGGAGGAUCGAGACUCGGCCGCGAAAUCAAUAA